UCGUGUGAAUCACGUCAAUCUGCCGCAAACUUGUUAGCCGGUGAGACGUGUGAUGUGUGAGCUCUGGUGAACAGUUAACUUUCUAAGCUUGAAUCGGCGGUCAUCAGUAAAUCAUCCGUGAUGGGGUUGAAAGGUGUAGUCAAAUAUUUUUUUGUCAAGAUUAUUCAGCUACUUGUUGUAGCCGUUGUAAUACUUUACAUACCAGGUCUGCCUCCAAACGCAAAGAUAUCCGACCCAUAUAAAGUUCCAGCUACCAAACCACUAGAGGGUAAGUUGGCGUUGAACAACAGAUUGGAGACCCUUGAGAAGUGGCAUGAAGGCGAUUUGUAUGGCCCUGAAGCAUUUGCUCACUAUAAUGGUGAAUUGUACACCACCUUACAUGGAGGUGAUAUUGUUAAACUCACUGGAGCUCAUAUCACCCCUGUGGUAAAGAUUGGAAAACCAUGUGGAGCCUUCCAUGAAGAACACAUCUGUGGCCGACCUCUGGGUUUACAGUUUGACAAGAAUGGCAAUUUGUAUGUUGCUGAUCCAUAUCAUGGGCUAUUUAAAGUCAAUGUACAAACUGGUGAAAAGACUAAACUUGUCUCUGUGGACCAGGAGAUUGGUGGUAAACUACCAAAGUUGCCUAAUUCAGUUGCACUAAGCAGCAAUGGUGAUAUUUAUUGGACUGAUUCUACUACUGAAUUCACUUUACAAGAUGGUGUAUAUGAUCUGCUGGCUGAUGGAAGUGGAAGAUUAAUCCAUUAUGAUGCAAAAACUAAAAAGAACACAGUGCUCCUUCCUAAUUUGCACUUUGCUAACGGAGUAGCACUCUCUGACGAUGAGACUUUCGUGAUUGUUGCUGAAACUGGUCGCAGCAGGCUGCACAAGUAUUACAUUAGUGGACCAAAUAAAGGAAAAACUGAAAUAUUUAUUGAUGGAUUGCCUGGUUUGCCAGAUAAUCUUAAACCAGAUGGAAAAGGCGGAUUCAUUGUUCCUUUGGUUUUCUCUGUUGAUGAAGAACAUCCAUCAGUUUUCCAAGUGCUUGGACCUUUCCCUAGCAUCAGAAAGGUUAUAUCUAGAUUCUUUGGAAUUAUUGAACUUGGAUUUGCUACCCUCAAUAAAUAUUACCCAUGUACUUUUGCCGAGAAAGGACAACAUUUCAUUGGACAUUUCACUACUACAACAUCUUUUACUCCUGUUAGAUCCACUGUUUUGCAUAUUUCCAAGAACGGAGAAAUAUUGGACAGCAUUCAUGCCAACAAUAAAAAUAUUGGACAUUUCAGUGAGGCGCAUGUGUUCAAGGAUAAUCUUUAUCUGGGUUCUCCUUUCAAUAACUACAUCGGACGUAUUCCCCUAUCGAAAUUGAAUUGGGAACAUUUUCAGGAAAAAGUAGCCCCCAAACCGGCCGCAACCCAACCUCCCAAGCCGACCCAAGCACCGACUCCAAAGCCCGUGACCCAAGCUCCAACACCAGCACCUACCCAAAAAUCAAAACAGACCCCUCCCCCACCCCAACAGAAACAGACACCACCUCCACAACAACAGAAACAAGCACCACCAGCACAACAAAAACAGGCACCACCCGCACAACAGAAACAAGCUCCACCGGCGCAACAACAACAAACACCACCACCACAACAGAAACCUACUCAAGCUCCACCUACACCCAAACAAACUACUCAAACCCCACCACAAAAACCGGCAGCUCAACAAGCCCCCCCAACUCCCAAACCCAAUCAACAAGCUCCCCCCAAGCAGGCUCCACCAAAACCGGCAGCUACUCAACAAACCCCCCCUAAACCUGCUCAACAACAAGCACCACCCAAACCGGCAGCUACUCAACAAACAACCCCACCCGCUCAAAAGCAAGCUGCUCCACAGGCUUCCAAUCAGCAAGCGCCACGUCCAACCGAGGCGGGCGAUAAUAAGAAAAAUUAAGUGUUCAACAAGCCAAAGCUUAGUUUAUACCAGGGGGUUUGUGGUAGAGUCUGUGAUGUGAUUCAUUCCAAGUAAUAAUUUACAUCGACAUUCCGUUGGUGAUAUAGAACGGGUAGAGACGAUCCAUAUCCACUCUCAUAUAUUUGUUGUCACUUUCACCAAUUUUUGAUUUUACAAAAUUCUCGUGUUUACGUAGAUGUGGGUCAUCUCAAUUUGGAAAGUUUACCAAAAAUUACUCAUUCUGUACCACAGUAAUAUUCCAUUGUUUUUUUUGUAUUUGUAUGGUUGUGAUUCAUUCCAUCUUUUUUAGUAAAUUUUUUGUUUUAGCAACAUACAUACAUAUGUUAAUUCAUUAAUAUUUUAUGUAUACAUGAUAAAUAAAGUUUCUUACAUAAA